CGAGUCUGGCUCCUUCACGGUUUGAAUGCUGCUGUGAGAUGUUGACCUAAGUAGAUUCCCAGUUUGUUUUCGCUGAUGGUUUUCAUCGGCGGAUCCACUUCCCGAGUCUGUUGUGAAACACUCCAGCCGCCAUGCAGACCAAAGAGGAGACAGCCGCCGUCUUAAAGUCGUUCGACAUCGGGGACAAGUUCUCGGACCUGCCGGUGCUGCCCAGGGCCUCCGUGCUGAUCCCCCUGUUCGUGAGGGACGGGGGGCUGCACACCCUGAUGACCCUGCGCUCAGCGGAGCUGAGGACCAGCGCCGGGGAGGUGUGUUUCCCCGGUGGGAAGAAGGACCCUGAGGACAGAGACGAUGUGGACACGGCCCUGAGGGAAGCUGAGGAGGAGAUCGGUCUGACAGCUGAUGGGGUGGAGGUGGUCUGCAGACUGUUCCCAGUCAUGCAUAAGAGCGGCCUCCUGGUGACUCCGGUGGUUGGAUUCAUAGAGGAGUCCUUUCGUCCCCGUCCGAACCCGGCUGAGGUCAGCGCCGUGUUCACCGUCCCUCUGGACUUCUUCCUCAGCGAGAAGGGACACAGCGCCGCCCACGGUGCUGCUGGGACGCCGGGGUCGUUGCACUCAUUUCAUUUUGUGGACACUGAUUCAGAAAGCCAGUAUCACAUAUGGGGCCUGACAGCCAUGUGGGCCAUACUUGUGGCUGCACUGGCGCUCGGGAAGAAACCGGAGUUUGACGUUGCUUUUGACUAUAAGAAUCCUUUAACCUUCUUUCAACAGAUUUUACAGAGAUUUAAUAAAUUAUGACAGUUCAUGUAAUGCAUUUGUGCCAGCACCUAAUGCCUGAAGCCAGAUUUGUUAUUUAUUUGCAUUGUAGUAAUUUGCUGUAUUGAUUAUAGGUGUAAAUGGAAACAUACAUGACAUGUUUAAAAGAUGAAAAUCAAGACGCUUGAAUUUUUAUUAAUUCAUUUAAUGUAGCAGCAGGAUUACAGAUAUAAACAGAAGAGUAUACAAAUGUCCAGACCAAGGCAAAGUACAUGUUAAUAAUAGUUCAGAUGUAUGAUAACACACUGGGGUUGACCUUUAUCCCUACUGCAGGGUCUUAAGGCUAGAUACUAAAGCUCAAGCUACACAGAACGGAUACAACAGAACUGUUGGAGAAUGUGAAAUUGAAAGCGAACUAGGAAACGUGAGCAAACUGAUUACACACAAGAUACAGCUCACACUAUUGGCAAGUAACGGUUAUCAUGGUUGCUCCAUUUGAUCAAGCAGUUCACAGCAACAAUAGUAAUGUUGACAAGCACAUCAGUACAAGAAAAGCUCUCCGUAAAACAAUCUCCACGCUCUCGUCCCUUUUACCUCACAGCUACAAAUCUCAUGAGGCAUGGAAAAAACAUUUUCAACAGAAAAUAAUGAACAGGAUGACAAUUCACCGGUGAAGCUGCACAACAUCACGUCGAGAGUUCUCAUUUUGCGAUCUUGCAUUGGAUUUCCAGGGUGAAAAUGUUAUCGCUAAAAUAUAUUGGUAUGGGCUAUGGUUGCGCUUGUGUCGUUGAAAUAAAACGUCUA